GUACGGGACAGGGAUCAGUUGGUUCUGCUAGGAUUAGAAUGACACCGGACAAUUUCGGCAAGGGUGCUUGCGGCCUAGUUCCAUCUCUAUAUGAGUCCAAGUGUCAAGAGGAGCAAAACGGUUACUUAGAUUAUGCUGAACACGAACUUUGAGCGUGCCGUGUUCACCGCUAACCUUCACCAGCUCGGCAUAGGCUCCUCCCCUUCCGUAUCUCCCUAUUCACAUGAUCAGGAUCGGUGAAUACACAAUAUCCCGGUAGUAUACACCGGAGGCAUUAUUCCAGCUCGGUAUCUGCACAUAAGCAUGGCUGCAGAAAAAUAUCCUCCGGCCAUCCGGUCUAGAUUGACCCGAGGCGGAUACAUCAGGCUCGAGAGCCACAUCUGCAGCCACGCUCUUUGUAUGGGUUUCAGUCAACAUGAAAAUCUCAAGCUUCCUGAUUUUUUUGGCUUCCGGCUUAGGUCUUGCUUCGGUAUCGCCACUAACAAAACGUGCCGGUCGCACAGGUCCACCGAGCGGUUGUAAAGUCGUACGCGGGUCCGGAACCCAGUCCGGCGAGUACACCACCCUAGGUGCUGCGAUCACUGCUUUGGGAACUUCGGCGACAGUCUCAGCUUGUAUCUUCAUCUACAGUGGUACAUACACCGAGCAAGUUGUUGUCCAGUACAAAGGACCACUAAGCAUCUAUGGCUACACUACGGACAUUUCCUCGUACAAAAAUAACGCCGUGACGAUAACCCACGAGCUUUCGAGCCCAAACGCAGGGUCCCUUGAUGCCUCGGCCACAAUUAACGUCAAGUCCUCGUCAUUCGCCCUCUACAACGUCAACGUCGCGAACACAUACGGAAAAGGCGCACAAGCUGUAGCCCUCGUCGCCAACGGCUCCAAGCAAGGCUACUACGGCGUCUCUUUCAAAGGUUACCAGGACACUCUCUAUGCCAAAUCAGGCGAUCAGUACUACUCAAACUGCUACAUCGAGGGCGCGGUAGACUACAUCUUCGGAGAUGCGAGUGCCUGGUUUGGAGAGUGCACCAUCGCCAGUACUGGCAGUGGAGCGAUUACAGCGACUUCGCGAGAGACAAGCAGUGAUCCGGCGUGGUAUGUCUUCGACCACAGCACGAUAACUGCUGCAACCGGAGCCAGUGUGACGGGUAUGGUGUAUCUUGGUCGUCCCUGGCGCGUACUCUCGCGCGUAAUGUACCAGAACAGUGUUCUCACAAAUGUUGUGAAUGCUAAGGGGUGGACAGAGAUGGCUGAUGGAGCUACACCGCUGUACUAUGAAUAUAAAAAUUCGGGUGACGGCGCUAACACUUCGGGCAGGAAGUAUUUGUCUGCUUCGAGCGCUGCUGUUACCAAAGCACAGAUCUGGCCUAAUUCAGGAAUAGACUGGUACGACAAAUCUUACUAGUCACAUUCUGUGAUGCGGUAAACGAUAGUUGUUAUGAUAUACAUCACAGCAAGCUAGGCCCUCG